AUGGUCUGUGUGAUGCUGGUGACGGCGUGCGCUGUAUAUACGGCAUUCAUGGUACAGAAGGCUGCCGUAUUCUCAGCGCGUCAGCACUACCGGGUCUACGACGACAUAGAGGGCGCCCGGGCACGCUGGCUACUGCCGCUCAAAACAAAUCCGGAUGUGCUACAGCCCAGCCAGAGCGCAGAGCUCAAGGUGUCCCUGAACUCGUUGGGGCUGUCACUGCCCUCGAGUUCCAGGACCCCGGGCAGGUACCUGCUGCCAGAUGACCCCGCAGGGACUGCAGACUGGGAGGCACUGGCGGAGGUCCUUGUGAACACGGACGGACUAUCCCGCAUGUGGACAAUUUACGGCAUGAUCCAGGCAAUGACGUUGGUGCUGCUAUUCGGCAGGCUUCUGUCCACACUGGCUUUUCAAGGUCGCGUCGGCAUCAUGGUACGAACGCUAUUCAACGCUGUACCUGCCGUACUACACUUGGUGAUCAUACUGCUGCUCAUUGCCGUCAUGUUUUCGGUCAUGGAAGUGUGUCAGCUUGGUAUCCACGUCGAGGAAAUGAGCAACCUGGAUGGCGCCCUGAGCGACACUCUUGGGCUCCUGGUGGGCCGGUCCAUCCUGCGUAACCUUGAUACCAUCGUGCCCCGGAAUAUGGAGUUCACAACGGUGCAGGCCCACACUUAUGGUGCACCUCAUUUAGCAAUACAUCCAGUGACAUCCAAGGAUUUUUACCUGAGGGUGCCUUACACUUCGCCGGGUGUGACCGUGUUCGGGGUGUCGGAUCUCCUGCCCAAGACCUUCGACGCUCUUAGGAGAGCCUGCUCUGAAAACGAGCAGACUCUGGAUAGUGGUAAAGCUUACCUGGAUCUUGAGGGGGUACGACAGAUGCUGGAGACUGCUGUGCGACGGGCGACUGCAGACGAUCCCACAGCUGUCACGAGUAGCCGUAUUGCAGCCGCCAUUGCUGAAGCCACUGAAAGUGGAGCCGCCACAACUUGGGCUGAGUCGCCAGAUCCCGGCAGCGAUAGCACCACUGCCAUCGGCAUCACCACCAGCCGCGAUGGCGGGGGAGGGGAACACUGCGGGGAGGGGAACACUGCCAGGAAUGGGCAGAAAAGUGAAAGGGGAGGUACCGGUCCCAGUUUUGGCAGCAACACUGGUGGCAGCAACGCCAACUCCGAUUGCAAUGACUCUCGUGGCCGCGGUUGCUGGGGCGUGUUGAAGGCUGACAAGUAUGGCUGCUGGCCUAACCGUGGUAGUGGCGGCAGUGGCACUGGAAAUGGAGGGUUUUGGAGUGCCAGAAGCAGUGGUGAUGCAGAGGAGGCUGCGUGUUGGGAGGACCGACAAGGGGGAGAUAAACCGAAUAGAUCCGGGGUCCAGACCCGUGGCCAAGGCAAGAGGGGGAGUGAAAGCCAGAACCUGAGCCACACACACCUCCAUGGCCAAAGGCGACUUAGGAAGUGGCAAACUGCCCAAGGUGCUGCCUCUGCCCUUCCCUCCAGCGCAUCCGUUUCCAGGUCCUCCCGCGGGCGGCUUGAGCUGAACCAACUGAUCAUAUCUUUUAGCUCACAUCGUCUCAACCGGUCACAGGUCUCGAAUAAUGAUUGGAUGCUGGGGGACGAGCAAUUGAACAAAAUGUGUGGAUUGAUAGCGCAACGUAUCUUGGAUUACCAAGGACAUCGGCGCUUCGAGUACCUGGGACACUCAAGGUUUGGACGGGAAGGGGGACGAGAGUUCACCUGUUCCAAGUACCGGCCUGUACCCAUCGGGAAACCCGUCGUCAUGACGCCGGUGGUGAGAUUCAAUCCCACGCUGGAUACCGAUGCCAACACCAGUGGCCGUGUCACCAGUGUCAGCAGCAAUGUGGCGAGCGGUGGAACCAGGUCACGCAUUGUGCAGCGGCGUGUGCUUUGGAGUAGUGGACCCUCAGCUCCGGUUGGCCAGUUGGUGGGCCAGCGGUACAGUCUUACCGCGAGGUCACCAUCUAAGGCUCGUGCGAGCGACAAGCUGCUGGGUCUUAGCAGCGCUUGCAGCAGCAGCGGCAGUGUCCUUAUCCGGCAAGGAGGUGGUGGUGAUGGUUCAGAAGCGGACUUCAGUGAGGCCCACUCCACCAUCACUAAUGAUGUGGCUGCAAGCAUUGUUAUCAGCAACGGCAGUGACAUAGGUACAGGAGCUGAUGGUACCCCUACUACAACGAUGAUGGAAGAGGAUGAUGUGUCUGAAUUGGCCAUUUAUGCAGCAUUGUGGGAGUCGAUACACGCCAUGGAGUACUGGCAGGCUGGUGUGGUUCGCUGGCAAAGCCAUGUGUGGCUACAGCAGCAGCAGAUGCAACAGCGUUCCCUGCCGCCUUUCUGGCAACUAGUUGAUGGCAUCAUGCAUCGAUGGUCCGGCAUACGAUGUCGCCUGGUGCGAUUUAUGCGUCCGGAAGCCCUUUCAGCCUCCCAGGCAUGUCCCCACAACUGCCUCACAGCCAGCGGGGGUCUAAUUGCGUGCAUGUUCGCUUGCGGCAUGUCCCGCCGCCUUUCUGGCAUCUAUUGA